GGACAUUUGCACCUGCAGUAUUUCCCUUACAAUUAUUCUGAUAUUUUGCGAUUCUUACAAUUGACUUAUCUUGGUGUUUAAAUCACACCACCAAUUGACCAAGAUGCCCAAAAUCGCCGUCGCGCAGAAACAGAAAAAGGCCCCGAAGGUCAAGACCAGCUCGCGGUCUCCCUUUGAAAGCGCCAAUGUCAUGACGCAAGACCACAGUGAUGUCGAGAUGGAUAACGACGCAGAGGAAGAUGCGGACGAGGAGGUAGUCCGCGAGAAAGAUGAGACGGAGAAGAAACUCGAGCGCAUGCUUUUCGGAGAUGACGAGGGGUUUCAGGGUGCUUUGAAGAGCCAGCAGGAUCGGGGGUUGAUGGCUUGGGGGGCGAUGAGUGAUGAUGAGAGUGCUAGAGAGGGUGAAGAGGGCGAGGGAAGUGAUGGGGAGGAGAAGGAGCUGGGGGACGUUGAUGAUUCCGAUCUCUUCUUCCUCGACUCCGGAGCGGGCCCUGUCUCUACCGAUCUCGCCGAUUCCGACCCCUCCGACGAAGAAAGCGAAGAUGAAGGCGCGCCUGCGGCGUGGCACGACAGCGACGACGAGAACCUCACCAUUUCUCUGGCGAGCCAUCAGCGAUUGCGCAAGCUGCGCAACACUGAGGCCGAUGAUGUGAUCAGCGGCAAGGAGUAUAUUCGUCGUUUGCGCAGACACUUCCAGCAAUUGAACCCCGUGCCGGACUGGGCGAACCCGGAGGUGAACCAGGCGAAGGACAAGGACAGCGAUGAUUCGGAUAAUGAGAUGGAUACGGAUGACGAGGAGGAGCAGGUUUCUACGCAGCCGCUGGCCAAGUUGCUUCAGAAUGCGACGGAUCUUACCCGUGGCGUGGAGGAGAAUACUGGCCCAGGCGGGAAGAGAAAGUUGCGCCAGGAGGUUGUGGAUAUCCAGAGGUUGAAGGAUAUUGGAAAGGACCAGCCGUCUUCUAUCGACUCCCUCACCUUCCACCCGCACUACCCCGUCCUCCUCUCCUCCGGCCCAGCAUCAACCCUCUUCCUUCACCACAUCUCCCCCUCAGCACCCGCCCCCAACCCCCUUCUCACCUCCCUCCACAUCCGCCGCACGCCCAUUCACACCUCCGCUUUCUCCCACCCAACAGGCACCAAAGUCUUCGCCUCCGGCCGCCGCCGCUACUUCCACAUCUGGGACCUGGACACGGGCAAAGUCGACAAAGUCAACGGCACCGCAGACCGCAAGGAGGAGCAAAAAACCAUGGAACGGUUCAAGCUCUCGCCCUGUGGACGGUAUAUCGGACUCGUUGGAUCAUCGCGAAAGGGCGGUGGUCUCAUCAACGUGCUCGACUCGGGAACCGCGCAGUGGGUUGCGCAGGUGCGCGUUGACGGCCGCGGAGGUGUCGCUGAUUUCGAAUGGUGGAGCGACGGCGAGGGUAUGACGGUUGUCAGCAAGAACGGUGAAGUCUCCGAAUGGGACGCGAGAUCGAACCGUAUCGUCGCACGCUGGGUCGACGCCGGUGCCGUGGGUACCACGGUGCUGAAGCUCGGUGGAAAGAAUGGUCCUGCGCAGCUCGGUGGUGAUAGAUGGGUUGCUGUGGGGAGUUCGAGUGGUGUUGUUAACGUCUAUGACCGACGGGAGUGGAUCAACAAGAAGGCUGAAAACGCUGGAAUCCCGCGCAACCCAACCCCCGUGCGUGCGCUGGACCAGCUCACCACGCCUAUCAGCCAUCUAGUAUUUGCGCCGGAUGGUCAGUUCUUGGUCAUGGCUUCUCGGUGGAAGAGAGAUGCGUUGAGAUUGGUUCACCUCCCCACCUGCACCGUUUACCGUAACUGGCCUACAUCGAAUACGCCCAUGGGCCGGAUCUCGUCGGUGGCUGUCUCGCCCAACUCGGAGUUGUUGGCUGUUGCGAAUGAGCAGGGGCGGAUUCGGUUAUGGGAGAUUCGGGGGUAAUUUCCUCGACUUGGUUUUUGGAAUGCGUAUAGAGUUGUUUACUUAUUAUGGUAAAAAUGCAUACAAACUUGAUUUUCUCGACGC